AUGGUCGCAUCCUCGCUUGUGCUUCUGCUCGUUUUUCCCGCUCUUUGUCUUUCAGAGCCGGUCCAUAUCCCGUUGACUCGGAGAGCAAGCACCCAUACCCUCAAAGACGCUUUUGCAGCAGCAGAAAAGGCCCGGGCGCGGUAUGGCUAUCAGACAACGGACCCGCAACGUCGGGCGAGCUCACAAGGCUUUGCCAUUACUAACCAGCAAGCGGACGCCAGCUAUAUAGCGUCGAUAUCAAUUGGCUCACCCGCGCAAACCUUCAGUGUUGUGCUCGACACGGGGUCAUCUGAUCUUUGGGUGACCGACAACAAGUGCAUCGGUUGUUCGGGUGGGCCAACUUUCGACCCGUCCAAGUCCUCCUCGUUUUCGCAGACAAGCAACCGCCCCAUCCAGAUCAACUACGGCUCUGGAUCAGUGCAGGGCCUGGUGGCAAGCGACACAGUCGCCAUGGGUCCAUAUUCGGUACAAAAACAGACGUUUGUCACAACGGAGAGGAUGACCCAAGGCCUCGUCGACGGAGAUGUGUCCGGCCUGAUUGGCCUUGCGUUCACGGCGCUUGCGGAGACUCAAGCGGUUCCCUUCUGGCUGGCACUGAUCAACAACAACGAACUUAGCGCGCCAGAGAUGUCGUUCUUCCUGAAACGAUCUCAGAGCCUGAGCAAUCAGCCGGGCGGGACCUUUACGCUUGGCGGGACCAACUCUUCGCUGUUCAGCGGCAACAUCGAGUUCCACAACCUUGUUGGCUCAUCGUCCAACCCGCAGUUCUGGAUGCUGCAGAUGUCAGCUAUUACUGUCCAAGGGAAACCAAUCACCAUCUCGACUGGAAAUGCUGCUCUGUCGGCGAUUGAUACUGGCACUACUGCGUUGGGCGGUCCCUCCGCUGAUGUUGCGGCUAUUUGGGCUGCAGUCCCUGGUGCUAGUCGUCUGUCAGACCCCAGCCUCCCUUCCGGCUUUUUCCAGUUCCCCUGCAGCACAGCUGUUACGGUGACGCUGUCAUUUGGCGGCCAAGCUUGGACUAUAAGCCCCGAAGACAUGAACCUGGGGCAAGUCUCAGCCGGCAGCGCCAACUGUGCCGGCUCGAUAUUUGACCUGACCCUUGGCGCCAACACUGGUUCAUCAGGCCCCAGCUGGGUUGUUGGAGACACCUUCCUCAAAAACGUGUAUAGUGUUUUCAGGCAAUCACCCCCGUCAGUUGGUUUCGCCGCUCUCGGCGCUGGUGGGGUAGACACCAGCAACGGGGGCUCGUCUGUGAGAGGCUCUUUACCCGGUGUGCCCGGUAUUCCUACUGCUUCGGGUGCGUCAACUACCUCCACCCAAAUUCUGACGUCGCAAUUGACGUCUGCCGCCUUCUUGUCCACUUCGACUUUUUUGGCUACUCCCACAGGCUCGACGCCCGGUUCCUCGGGGCUCCCGAAUCGCGCAACCACGGUGUUGCCGUCGACAGGACUGUUAUUAUUGGCUUUGUUGUUUAUUAUGGCGCUGUAG